GUUCCUGCUCCUUAAUCCCCUCCCUCUUUCUCUCUCUCUCUCUCUCUCUCUCCUGCGCUUCUCUUUUCUUUUUGGUAUUCUUGUUUCUCAUAUAAGAGAAUGGGGGACUCUUCUGCUCAAUAUAUCCACAUGGUGCAGCACCUAAUAGAAGAGUGCAUCAUAUUCAAUAUGAGCAAAGAAGAGUGCAUGGAAGCUCUUUCCAAACAUGCAAAUAUCCAACCAGUCAUCACUUCCACAGUGUGGAAGGAGCUAGAGAAAGAGAACAAGGACUUCUUUGAGGAUUAUACAAAGAACAGAGAAGAAAGAGAAUCCAAGAAGGAGGGGGGGCAAAGAUUCCACAAGAUGCAUUUGGAUUCUUUUACAAAAGAUACCAACGGUGACGAUGAUGAGUAGUUCUAUUCAGAUAGCGAUGUCGGAGGCUUGGCUUUGCAUUAUUCACUUUAGGCUGCUGUACUGGUUCACCACAUGUGAUAUAUCCUAUUCAAGUGAAAGGUAAUUAGCUCAUAACUGCGUUGUAAUUUCUACAAAAUUGUAAGGAAUUAAAUAAAAAUAAUAUGGG